GUCGUUACAGAAGUGAUCGCCACAUCUCAAGAUGGCGGUAUCCGCGCUGUGCUGUUUGCGACGAAUGCCGGUUCAGUGGCUACUCUUCUGGGAGACAUCUAGGAAAAUUCCGCUUCGAGGUUUAGCUUCUGGUCGCCCGGCCUUCGGUUCUCAAUUCCGAAGUGCAUACAGUUUGGACCAACUCUAUCAGCUGCAGGAAAAGGAAGCGGACACUGCAAAGGAUUCAGCAAGCCAGACAAUUCCAGAGAUUCCUAUGGGUCGUUUGUCUGUAUCCUAUUCACGGAGCAGUGCCCCAGGAGGCCAGAAUGUUAAUAAAGUGAAUUCGAAAGCGGAAGUCAGAUUCCAUUUGGCAUCAGCAGACUGGAUCACAGAAGAAGUGCGACAAAAAAUGGCAGUGCUGCAAAAACAUAAGAUCAAUAAAUUGGGAGAGCUAAUAAUCACCUCUGAAGUGAGUCGCUAUCAGAUGAGGAAUUUGGCAGAUUGCUUACAAAAGAUCAGGAACAUGAUUGCAGAAUCCACUCUGAAACCUCAUGUUGUAUCUGAAGAAACUGCUGAGAUGAUCAGAAAAAGAGUGGAGAAGAUGAACAGAGAACGCCUCCGACAAAAAAAAGCACGAUCUUCUUUGAAGCAAAGUAGACAAGUGGACUUUGACUGAACAUCUUGGAGACAUAAAUAAUGCUGGGACAUAUUCCUUGGACUGUUCUAUUUCCUAGAUGGAAAAGAGAAACUUCUUAUGUUCUUAAUAAUAAAAUAAAAACUACACCAUCGAAA